AUGAAAAUUUUAGCUAAAUCAGACUUGUCAAUGAUGGGAUAUGAAAUAGUACAAACUGAAAUUGAAAAACUUUCUAAAGCUUUAAUGUUCUACGAAUGUCGUAAAUUGGGUGAUACUGGCGGGGCAGGGAGAGUUGUUAAUUUGAUGAUGACCUUAAAUGCAGCAUUUCAAUUUGAAAAAGCUCAUCGAAAAUUUCUAAAUCAGAAAGGUAAGCAGAAGAAGAUUGUCCCUAAAUUUAUGCAUGUAAUAUUAGAACAUUCAGAUGAAAGAACCUUAAGCUAAGAAUUGUGAUAUUUCUAGAGAUCGGGUAUUUUGAUUUUUGUGGGUUUCAUAAACAAUAUUUAUUCAAACUGGCUACAGUUUGGGUUGGUCGAGGGACCACUCCGAACCGGGUAGA